GAGACGGAGAGAAAGAGGGUUGGAAAGAAUGACAGCCAUAGAGAUAGAGAUUUACAGACACACAGAAUAGAGACAAAGAGAGAGAGAGAGAGAGAGAGAGAGAGAGAGAGAGAGAGAGAGAGAGAGAGAGAGAGAGAGAGAGAG